AUGAGUGCAAUACUGGAACAACGGAAGCUGAUAUCGCAGCUUAUGUCGUCGGCAGCGACGUCUCAUGGGCUUUCAUCACCAUCGACAUGUAAAUCGUUUGUCGUAGGUCAUUGCCCAUAUGAACUAUUCCAGGGAACCAAACAGCCAAUGGGCCAGUGCACACGCAUACAUUCUCUAUCACAUAAGAUGCAAUACGAAAGAGACUUAAAGAAGGGCAAAACGUAUCCGGAAUUUGACCUCGAGCAUUACUCUAUAUUGAAGAAGAUAGUGCAUGACUGCGAUGUACAAAUAGAAAUGGCACACAAGAAACUCCAGCACCAUGAGGAGCAUCACAAACUAACAGCCAUGCUACAAGAACUUAACCAGCUUGAAUCUAAAUGUGCGUUGAUGCUUUCUGAGAUCGAUAUGCUGAUACAACACGGAGAAGUUAUGAAAGCCAUGGUGCAGAGUUGCAAGUACAAUAAGCUGCAAAAGGAGAGAGAUGCGCUUAGCGAGAGGUGCAGGAAUAUGAACGAAAAUAUUGGACAAAGUGCACAACAAAAAUUACAGGUGUGCCGUGUGUGUGGGGCUUUUCUAUCGAGACUAGAUACUGACAGAAGAUUAGCAGACCACUUCAUGGGGAAAGUUCACUUAGGAUACGUUAUCAUGCGUAAAGAACUUGAAAUGUGCCGUAAGCGGCUCCAUGAACAGGGAAGGGAUGUGAACUCAUAUACUCACUACACUAGAAAGCCUCAUAGGCAUGGAAAUGCCCAUUCAAACCAUCAAAUGCAUGCAUAUACUCGCAAGUCAUAUAGGUCAUGA